CCCCGUGAACGUUUUUUUGGUCGGGGCUUCCGAAUAUGUUUUAUGACGGUUGAUUUUACACCAGGAGGUUUGUCUCCGAGGAAGACCCAGGGAACUGGAUAUUUAGCGAGAACUUCCUACGGCUUCCCCUGCGUCUCGGGAAAAUGGGAGCUGCUGCAAAGUUGGCGUUUGCCGUCUUUCUUAUCUCUUGUUCUUCAGGUGCUAUACUUGGUAGAUCAGAAACUCAGGAGUGUAUUUUCUAUAAUGCUAAUUGGGAAAGAGAUAGAACGAAUCGCACUGGUGUUGAAUCCUGUUACGGUGACAAAGAUAAACGGCGGCAUUGUUUUGCUACAUGGAAGAAUAUUUCUGGUUCCAUUGAAAUAGUGAAGCAAGGUUGUUGGCUGGAUGAUAUCAACUGCUAUGACAGGACUGAUUGUAUAGAAAAAAAAGAUAGCCCUGAAGUAUAUUUUUGUUGCUGUGAGGGCAAUAUGUGUAACGAAAGGUUUUCUUAUUUUCCGGAGAUGGAGGUCACACAGCCUACAUCGAAUCCAGUAACACCUAAGCCUCCCUAUUACAACAUCUUGCUCUAUUCUUUGGUGCCACUUAUGUUAAUUGCGGGGAUUGUCAUUUGUGCAUUUUGGGUGUACAGGCAUCAUAAGAUGGCUUACCCUCCUGUGCUCGUUCCAACUCAAGACCCAGGACCACCCCCACCUUCUCCAUUACUAGGUUUGAAGCCAUUACAGUUACUAGAAGUGAAAGCAAGAGGAAGAUUUGGUUGUGUGUGGAAAGCCCAGUUACUCAAUGAAUAUGUGGCUGUGAAAAUAUUUCCAAUACAGGAUAAACAGUCAUGGCAGAAUGAAUAUGAAGUCUAUAGUUUGCCUGGAAUGAAGCAUGAGAACAUACUGCAGUUCAUUGGUGCAGAGAAACGAGGCACCAGUGUUGAUGUGGAUCUUUGGCUAAUCACAGCAUUUCAUGAAAAGGGUUCACUAUCAGACUUUCUUAAGGCUAAUGUGGUCUCUUGGAAUGAAUUGUGUCAUAUUGCAGAAACCAUGGCUAGAGGAUUGGCAUAUUUACAUGAGGAUAUACCUGGCCUAAAAGAUGGCCACAAACCCGCCAUAUCUCACAGGGACAUCAAAAGUAAAAAUGUGUUGUUGAAAAACAAUCUGACAGCCUGCAUUGCUGACUUUGGGUUGGCGCUAAAGUUUGAGGCUGGCAAGUCUGCAGGUGAUACCCAUGGACAGGUGGGUACCCGAAGGUAUAUGGCUCCAGAGGUGUUAGAGGGUGCUAUCAACUUCCAAAGGGAUGCAUUUUUGAGGAUAGAUAUGUACGCCAUGGGAUUAGUCCUGUGGGAACUGGCUUCUCGCUGUACUGCUGCAGAUGGACCUGUAGAUGAAUACAUGCUGCCAUUUGAGGAAGAAAUUGGCCAGCAUCCCUCUCUUGAAGACAUGCAGGAAGUUGUUGUGCAUAAAAAAAAGAGGCCUGUUUUAAGAGAUUAUUGGCAGAAACAUGCUGGAAUGGCAAUGCUCUGUGAAACGAUAGAAGAAUGUUGGGAUCACGAUGCAGAAGCCAGGUUAUCAGCUGGAUGUGUAGGUGAAAGAAUUACUCAGAUGCAAAGACUAACAAAUAUCAUUACCACAGAGGACAUUGUAACAGUGGUCACGAUGGUGACAAAUGUUGACUUUCCUCCCAAAGAAUCUAGUCUAUGAUGGUUGCACCAUGUGUACACACUGAGAAACAGGACUCUCAACUGGAGCUGCUAAUGAAACUGCUUGCAGUUUAUUUUCUGUGUGAAAUGAGUAGGAUGUGUCCUAGACGUCUCAGAAAGAAGACCCUCAUUUCAGACGGUGGCUCUGGGAGACUUACGGCAUUGCCUGUAGCAGAGACAUACAUGAAGGACACGCGACUAAGAGAAAAGUUGUAAACUCUAUAAAGAAACUUUUGAAAAAAUGUACAUGAAGAAUGUGGCCCUCUCCAAAUCAAGGAUCUUUUUGGACCUGGCUAAUCAUGUGUUUGAAAACUGACAUCAGAUUUCUUAAUGUCUGUCUGAAGACACUAAUUCCUUAAAUGAACUACUGCUAUUUUUUUUUUUAAAUCAAAAACUUUUCAUUUCAGAUUUUAAAAGGGUAACUUGUUUCUAUUGCGUUUGCUGUUGUUUCUAUAAAUGACUAUUGUAAUGCCAAUAUGACACAGCUUGUGAAUGUUCAGUGUGCUGCUCUUCUGUGUACAUAAACCGUCAUCCAAGUGGGGUACAGGAAAGAGGCUUCCAAGCAUUACUUUAACCUCCCUCAACAAGGUAUACCUCAGUUCCACGGUUGCUAAAUUAUAAAAUUGAAAACACUAACAAAAUUUCAAUAAUAAAUUGACCCAUGUUUUGUAACAAGGUAUUACAAAUUCACUGUGUUAUUUAAGAAAAAAGGUAAGCUAUGCUUAGUGCCAACAGUAAGUGGCCAUUUGUAAAGCAGUGUUUUAGCUUUUCUUGUGCUAGCUUGUGAUUUAAGGAAAAAAAAGUGCUGUUUUUUGAAAUGAAAAAAUGGUGUAUUUCCCCCCUUUCUCCCAUGUUUAAAAAAAACUUCAUCUUAUAUCAAGUUCCCAAAAUAUUGCAUACUUAGCUACAUACUUUUUUAGGUGUGCUGUGCUUGGGGACUAUUUGAAAAUUUAAAGCAUGAUUUAAAAUUUUUUAAGUGAGCUGUAACACUGGAAAGCUCUUCAUUUUUAUUCUUUAAAAAUAGAUUUUUUUUUUCCUAUUUAUAUAUGUAAAAUUGUAGUGUAUUUCUUUCCACCAAACAGUGUGUGGGACAUUCUUGAUCACUGUUUUAGAAUCACCUCAGGAAGUGUCAUUACCCAGAAUUCCUCACUCUCUGCUUUGAGACUUGUAACUUUAUUACUAUAUUUCUGCUUGGUGCCAUCUUGUCAGAGUAAUAUUUGAUGUCUGUGAUAUGUCAAGAAUUAUCCUAGGAUAGAGAUUUAAACUUUUAAGCACAGAUUUCAGAUGUUACUGCUUUAAAACAAAUCAGGGAUAACAAGUUAAAACUUAAAAUAUGCAAUGACAUUUAGAGGUAACCAAUGUUGAUAUAGGUAACAUAGCUUAGCCUCCUUCCACAAAUUGCUUUUACAACUAACUGAUAUUAAUUUAGGAUAGUUCAUGCCUUAUCCUUGAUGAGAAAAUGGAACUGAUAAGUAGGUGCCAAAGUGCUUUUCAAAACAAUAUUACAUUAGAAUAUAAUUGGAUUCCUCCUCAAAUUUACAGGCCAAAGCAAAACAUUAAUUAGAUUACUGACCAACAAAUAGUCAGUAUUAUGCUAUGUACUUUUGUCAGGUCAUUUAAAAAUCCAUGUUAAUUUUAUAAAAGAAUUUUUUGUGUGUCACUAUCAGGAGCUCACUGUGAAUGUGUUAUCUUCAAAUGGCUAUUUAACCACACAGUACACUACAUUUUACAUAAAACAUGCACUUAAUCUCUGGGAAUAAAUUAUAUUAUUUAUAAAUAAUACACAGGUCAACAGACUCUAAGCAGGAGGGAAAGGAGGGUAACAGCACUGUCGUCUGUGUGCCACGCACCACACAGAGAAUUGUGCUCUUGGUCACAUCAUGUACCCGAGGCUUUGUUGUAUUUCUAAGAAUUCCCAUUUCAGUGUUGAGUUUACCUUUAUUUCAAAAAGUACUUGGCUUCUCAAUUUCUUGGUUUUGCUUCUACCUGGAAACUAAUCAAGAAGGGAAAAUAAUGAGAAUGUUCAUACAUGAAAAUUGUUCAUCUCUUGAAGACUGACUUCUACCUGUUCUGAAUAUUUAAUCCUGUUUUUAAAAGUUUAAAAAAAAAGUCAAAGGAAAACAAGGAGUAUUAUGAUGAAUGUUUGGCUUAUGUGAACACUUAAAAGAGUUACAUUUAUAAGACCAGUUAUUCACAAAAUAAAGUUUUCUCUUCAUGUUAGAAAAUGUUUUUAGAAAUCCUGGGUAUUGUACUUAACUCUAGCUAACCAAUUUUACAAUAAAACCUGUAUCCUUUUGAGAACUACAUUGGUAGAAAAAUAAUUUUUAUAAGCAGUAAAAUAAGAAUGUUCCAGUGACUACCUGUCCUGUACCUAGUCUUGUUAAAACUUUCUUUUGCAGGGCAUUUUCACGUUUGGUUUACAGUCAGUGUAGAGUGGGCAAAUUAAUAAAAAGUUUGAGCUUAGGGAUACUGAAAAAAAGAAAGAUCAAAGAAAGAAAAAUGAUUUGUUUGGGGGUAAACAGACCCCAAUCAUUUUUUCCUCAUGUGUAUGGUGCUCCUUAUGAUUCGUCUUGUCUUUUGCCUUUAUGACACACAUCAGAACUGCUGCUCUAACUUACACUCUUGACCUUGCCCAGAUCUCCGUGUAAGGAAUGCUUUAUGAUCAACUGCCAUAGGACUGAUGGACUAGUCCAAACUGAUGGACUGUUUGGCUGUAUUCGAAGUCUAUGCCCUGCACCGCUCUUGUAUGUAUUUUAGAUGCUAGGCAGUUUUCAGCAUGUGACGUGUGAUUCUUGUUUGAAUGUUUAUUACAGGUACCUUGUGAAUUCCAGAACAGAGACUGUGCCUCACAGUUGUUGGUCCCAUGAACUUGCACUGUCCUUCAUGGUGAUGUUUUGAAAAUACAAUCAGAAAGAAAAAAGUUUAGAACUUAAAGAUGAAUCAUAAAUCAUGAAGCUCUUCUUCCCCCGUCCUUACUCCUAGGUAGUAUAACAGCUACAUUUAAGUAAAAUGCAGGUAGGAGGGGAAAAAAUCCUGGAUCGUUUAGUGGAAAAAACUGAUUAACUUUAAAAAAGAUGCUUUGCCACAGAUAUUUUCCAGUUUCUCUUUUUUACCUUUUUAAAAUAUUACUUUUUAGGAACAUUUGGUAUAAUGUGCAUAAAAUUAUUUACUGAUUUAUGGGCAAAAUGAUACAAGUAGCAUCUUGAUUGAACAUCAUUUACCUCAGAUAUUCAACCAGCAGUACAUUUUUUAUGCAGUCUCAACCCAUAUCCUAUUUGUUACCUCUCAAAAUAUUGGUAAACAAUUAUUUUAAGCUUUACUCUGUAUUUCUUGUCAGUGUUUUGGGCACAGGUUGUUGUACUACUGUCAAAUUGUACUUGCUAUUUUUUCUGCAAGUAUUUAACAAAAAGUCAAAAAAAGAAAAAAAAAAAGUCCCAUAAAACCCCACCUUGGGUAAGUGAUUGUUAAAUAUUGUACAAAUAAAAUGUAUGCUAUCCCCAUUCCAUUCCCAAGUUAAAUAAAAAAAAUAAACAUGG